AUGAUGACAUCUUUUGCUCUCCUUUGUCUAUGCAUUGCUAUAAUUGAAUCCAUGGCAGGAAUUCUAGGAGAUGGAAUUAUCUUGGCUGCCAGUUCAUUGAGCUGCAUUGGGAGCAAAACGUGGCCCCCAUAUGACAUGAUUGUGAUCUCACUGAGUUCAUCUAAAUUCAUUUUGCAGUCAUGGACUACACUGGAUCUCUUAAUGUCUAUAUUUUAUGAGCCCUUGUUUUACACAGAAAACGUGUUCGUAGCUUCCAAGACUUUUUUUACAUUUUUGAACUACUCCAGCCUGUGGUUUGGAGCCUGGCUUAGUGUCUUCUAUUGUAUCAAGAUUGCCAGUUUUACACAGUCUUUCUUCAUCUGGCUGAAGCUAAGAAUUGCCAGGCUGGUGCCCUGGAUGCUGCUCACAUCAUGGCUCUGCUCCCUCGCAGCUGCAAUUCCCUUUGCCUGGGAUGUCUACGGUGUGCACGAGAACAUCACUGCUCCUUCAUCCAUGACCAACUCUUCAGCAAGGAGAACCACAAGGAAAGACAGAUUGGAUUUAUUCAUUUAUCUCUGGAAUGCAAGUACAGCUUUGCCUUUAAUACUGUCUGUGGUUUCAAGCAUCCUGCUGAUUUGGUCUCUGUUGAUACACACCAGACGGAUGCAAAAUAAUGCAAGUGGCUUUGGGGAUCCCAGCUUAGAGGCCCAUAUGAAAGCCAUCAAGUCAGUCUGCUCCUUCUUUAUGUUCUAUAUUACAUAUUUUAUUUGUUUGCUUCUCCUCUACUCCAGUGUUUUUACACCUUUAAGUGAUAAGGAAUGCAUAUGCGUAGUUAUAUUGGCUGCCUGUCCUACAGGACACACAAUGGUUCUAAUUUGGAGCAAUCCAAAAUUUCAAGAGCUGCCAGCUAGGAUUUGGCACCACACUAACUGUCCUGUCAGAACUAUAUCCGUGUAAAAGAUCAUGAUUUAAUUUGGACUUUCUAGUUUAGAUCCAAAUUGAUUAAAAUGAAAUUGUCAGAACUAUAAAAUAAUAGGCACUGGAAUUAAUCGACUGGGGCCUUGAUCUGGAAUCAUGAAGAAGUGUAAAAAUUUGCCUUACUUGGAUUUGAGUCUUGUUUUGAAAAGUCGUGUAAGUUGUCUCCUAUUUGCUACACUUUCCUUGGAAAUUGCCAUGGUUUCUCUAGAACAAGAGAAAAACAAGGCCAAGACUCAGAUUCCAGUAUGAUUCAGUAAAGAAUA